GCAGAUCCCCGCAGUUGAGCUCGCCUAUGUAUAGCCGCUGCCCGCCCCCACCGCCCAGCAGUCGCGCCUGCAUUCUGGGAGCGAGAGCGCUCUGUGCGGAUCUGAGGCAAGGACGAGACAGCGCAGGCGGGACAGGAGGGGGCCAUGGAGCGGUACCGGGGCCGCGUCGCUCUGGUCACGGGCGCCAGCGCCGGCAUCGGCGCCGCCAUAACUCAGGCGCUGCUCAGACGCGGCGUCAACGUCGUGGGGCUCGCCAGGAGGGUCGACAGAGUCCAGGCACUGGAACUGAAAGAUGCCCCUGGGAAGCUGUACCCUCUGCAAGGGGACGUCAGCAGAGAGGACAGCAUCCUUGCGGCUUUCAAGUGGAUCAAAGAUAAUCUGUCAGGCGUUGACAUCCUCGUCAACAACGCUGCGAUUAUAAUUGAUGAGGAACUGACAUCUGCACCGACAGAGUCAUGGAGGCGCAUGCUGGACGUCAACGUGCUGGGUCUGAGCAUCUGCACCAGGGAGGCCAUCCAGGACAUGAUCAGAAGGGGUGUCGACGACGGGUUCGUCAUCCACAUCAACGGCAUCUGGGGACACUCACCGGUGGCGGGCGGUGAGCUUGCCAUGUACGCGUCCACCAAGCACGCGGUGCGGGUUCUGCUGGAAGGCUUGCGGAAGGACCUGGUGGCCAGGAAGAGCAACAUCCGCGUCGGGGAAAUAUCUCCGGGACUGGUGAAGACUGAUAUUCUUUCCAAUACCAACAAAUGGACACCAGAAUUGUUCGAUAAGAUGAAUUACAUGGAGCCGGAAGACGUCGCGGAAGCUGCAAUCUACAUGUUGUCCCAGCAUCCACGUGUCCAGGUUCAUGACAUCAUCAUCCUGCCAACUGGAAACCCUAUGUAGAGGUAUCAUCAUGAAAUACUCCGGAUGAGAUUUAUAUUGAUAACCAAAUAGGCGAUUCAGGAAAUUCUUCUACUGAUUUCUACACAACCAUUCAUUCAAAUCAGCGUAAGAACUUUACACAAAAAAAUAGAACUGGUUCUCUUGAAGACUGUGGCUAUAGCAUGGGCCCACCGUGCGCAACAGAACUUAAAUGCCCAGCAGAAGAUUGGACUGCGGAGAGCCUACGGAGUGGGUACUCAAUCCGAAAAGCCACAUCACUGUUGCAGGAGCUUACGUACGAUUUUGUGUAACUUAAUAUUGUUAAUGUAUAUAAAUUACGGAUGGCUCUGUGGUCAUGAUAUGAGGGGUCAACAAUAAAGAAAAAUAAAAAAGUAUUUAUCC